UUACCGUUGUCCCGCCAUACAAAUGUGAAGAAACGUAACAGUUCGCCGCUGAGCCAACCGCUAAAUCUAAAACCCUAAACUAAUAUUUCUUUCUCUACACACACGGUGAUUACCAGAGUCAUGUCAAUGGCGAAACCAAGUUCAACCCCCGACUCCGAUGAUACAACGUCUUACCACUCCGUGUUCAUAGACACCGCCCUCGACACUCACUUGGCUAUGAUCAUCUCCGGCACCGACACCGUGUCCGAUCUCAAGCAGAAGAUAGUGCAUCAGCACCCACUUUGCUUUCCUCAAAUUGGAGAUAUUAAAAUUCAUUCUUUAAAGGUGAAGCGGAGAGGGUGCUAUUAUCAUUUAUGCGAUUCUAUGUUGGUGAAAAGUGCUUUUCAUGGGGUUAAUAAAAGCUGGUUCAUUAGUGUCGAUGCGUCUAGUGUAAAGGAGCAUGAUGACAAUUGGCAUUUCCUCAAUCCUGAUUCUAACAACAUGGUUGCUUGCAUUGGCAUCUCUGGCAAUGGUUCUGUGAAUGGGGUUAAUCUUCUUGCUGAUGGUCAUCCUGGAAAGUUGUCCAAUGUUAUCGAUAAACAGCACCUGAAACAGAAGGUCCCUGUUGCUGACCAGUUGACUUUGGGUGUUGCUGGGGAUGGGAAAGAUGUUUUAAAGAAUUUGGAGAUAGGAGUUGAACAGAUGGGUGACAAUCGUGGAAAAGCUAAAUAUGUGGACAUCAACUAUAGGUCAGAUUCUCAUACACAGGAGAAAGACGAUCAAUGUGAUAAUGAAAAUGAAACUCAGAAAACACCAAUUGGAGGCCGCAAAAACAGUUCCAACACUGGUAUUGAUGAUGUGCAGGGCAGCUUACUGCCAGAAAGUGCUUUAGAAACUGGAUCUCAUACAAAGAAAAGAUGUAAAGGCAGAAAGAAAAGAAAACAUCCUGUACAUGACCUUACUUUAAAGGAAAACGAUGCUUCAUUAUCUCAGUCUGGUAAAUAUGAAUCUCAGCAAGAGACUAUGGUGUCACAAAGUUUUCUGGAAAAUAAAGGUGGAAUAUUUAUGCUGGAUAACUUGACAGGAAACAAGAAUAUUAUUGAUAGGCCAGGCAUGGUUCCAUAUUCUGAUGCCAAUAAGGGGAUGGAUUCUCUAAUGCAAAGGGCUGCUGUUCUAAGCGACAAUACUGGAAUGCCAGGGAAACAUGUUGGAAGCAUUAACGAGAAAUCAAGGAAAAAUUGCAUUGAUAUGCAAAGUUUUAAAUCGGUGGAAGAUGCUUCACAGUCAAAGCCAGCAACAGAGAAAAAGCGUAAAAAAAAAGAGGAAAAAAAAGGUGAUAAUGAUUUUCCGGAAGAAGGUCAAACUUUGAUUUCUGAUUCUAAUAAAAAGAUGCUUGAGACUCCCACAAUCUCUCAGCACUCUCUAUCGGACAAACUGAAAAAUAUAAAUGCCCGUUUAGAUGGUUCAUCUACUCACACUCCGCAAGUUGUCCAUUUGCCAUCAUUAGAUCCAACCAAUGAGAAGAGGAAAAAGAAAAAGAAAUCAUCAAGUACUCUUAAUAAAGAAAUUGUUGCAGCUCCUUCUUCCGGGACAAAUGUUAGGGAAGAGAAUUGUGGGGACCCCAGGGAUCUGGGAGAAGAAUUUAAUGCAGAAUUUGUCCGUGGACAAUGCAUCCAGGGUGUAUUAAGUUCUGAGCCUGGUGCACUCUCUCUGAAAGAAAAGCAUGGUAAUCCUCUCCAUGAAGAAAACAUAAGACCCUCUUCCCAAGAAUUUGAUAGAAGCAACAGAGAAGCCGGCAGUGUGGAAGGCAGAAAUAUUGAAACUGUGGAUCCUUCAAAAUCAUCAAAGAAAAGAAGGAAGUCCAAAAAGGCAAAGGACGUAAUGGGCGGAACCCCAUCCAUAUCUGUUACAGAACAGCUUAAAGGUUCUGUUAGUAUUGCAUCUCAAAAUGAGCCUCAUAAAUCUGCCAAUGGAGAUCGCUCUGGUGAUAAUGUUAAUGAGCAGGAAAGCAAUAUACCUCCAAAGGACAGGAAAGAAAUAUCAGAAAUGGAUACAAUUAGUACUUCUUUUUUGGCUACUGAUAAGGAAAUUGAUGACGUAAUCCAGAAUGUGGUGGAAUCAGUGCAGCAGAUCAGAAAAGGUCAAAUGGAUUCUGAAAAUAUGGAUGGGACAUCAAGAAAGAAAACUAGGAAGAUGCAGAGUUCAGAUAUAAUGAAUUUUGAAGAAUCUAAAAAAGAAAAUGAGAAUGUUGGUGAUAAACCUGCAGCAUUAGCUGAUAACAUAGGGAAGAUAGCUGAGGUGAUGAAACAAGCUAAAUUGGCAAGUAGAGAUUCCAUAAUUCAAUUAAAUGGAUCAAAUUUGGAUUGUGAAAAAGAUAUUAGGUUUGAAAAUGAUCCUCGCAGAACUCAAUCUUCCCAAGUUGAACCACGUAGACUGGAAAGCAACAGUGAGGGAAAGUGUGUCAAAGCUGUUGUCAAUGGUAAUCCCCCUGAAAGUGGCCAUGCAAAUGGAGAUACUGAUGAUGCGGAAGUUUCAUGCGAAAGUAACAGGAUCAACUUUAAUGAUUGUUUUGUGGCUAUUGUUGGUUCUGCUGAGGUGCUUGUUGAUAGAGAAACUGAGACAAAGAGAGUAGAUGGUAAGAUGAAAGCUAAAAAGAACAAAAGGAAGCUUGAUGCACAUUCUCAUGGUCCUUCACCUGACCUACAGAGUUCACAGAGGUUAAAUGAGAAAUAUGAAAUUGGAGCAAAGCCUCAAGGUGACAACUCUAGUUCUCUAGAGCUUCAGAGUUCAUUGUCAAAUGCAAAGUCUGAAAAGUUCAUACUUCAAUCAAACAAGGAGCCUGUGAAUGCUUCUGAGAGUGUGGUAAAAGCUUUGCCAUCUAGCAACUUCAAAGAGUUCGAUUCUGUUCCUGAAGAUGCUAGAAUGCCCAAUGCUGUCAAGCCCUCUGGCACCAGUGCUCGUGCAAAGAGUAAAAUGGCUGCAUUUUCUAGCUUGGAAAGUUCUAAAAACACAACUUUUCUAAAUACAAGAGUUAAUGGGCAUCAAUCACCUAAGGAUCACAAUCAUAUGGAUGGUAAAAGAACAUCCACAGUUAAUACUGGGGAAGUUGUGAAUAACUCGGAAACUAAGAAGAGCUUAAUAGGAGCAUCAGGUUCAAUAUUCAACGAAGAUAGUAAUGAGGCUUCUUCAAAUGAAGCUGAUAAUUCAGAUGCCAGCACCAGAACUCCAUCAGAUAAUUCAUUGUCUUCUGACUAUUCGGAUGGAGAAAGCAAUACAGAUUUUGACUCAUCACAAAAUGGAUUUCACAGCAGGAAAAGAAAGGAGGGAGGUGGAAAAGCAUUCACAAAAACAUUCAGCUCUUCUGGCAUGACCUUGGAUACGAUUCUUAGAAGUUCAAGCAAAUACAAGAAAGCGAAGCUGACAGCUUCUCAGUCACAACUCGAGGACAUAGAAAGCCAGCCUGUUGAUUUCGUCCCUGACAGUCAACCAAACCCUUAAUCGCCCAAUCAUUUGUCAUGUUUGAUUUUAUGUUCCUACAGGAGUUUUGUUUUCUUAGCGGUGGUCUGCAGAGGCCUCUCCUACGUUCCUGGAAUUAUUUUCGGCUGACAGUGAGGCAUCAGGCAAUGAAGUGAGAUUUUUGUUCACCUUGAUUGUGAUAUGAGAAGCAUUGCAAAGAACAUUGAAACGACCUGAGGUUGGGAUGCUUCAUGCUUGUUUCUUUGAUAUUGGCAAAUAUGAACUGUGUGCAUAUAUGUACUCGGAACUUGUCAAGAGAAUUCCAGUAAAAAAGAGAGAACUCUUCACUUCCUUUUUUUUUUUUGGGUGGGUUUCUCCAAUUUUUUUUUUAGUAGGGAAAGUGGGCAAAUGAGGGACUCGGACCUAGUUUUGUUAUAUUAUCCAAACUAGAUAAAAAUUUUAGAACUUUAUUUAUUUGUGAAUUCAUAAUUAUAGAUAAACAUUAUGGUGAGAGAGAAUUAUGAUGAGAAUA